GCGGAAUCUGGUCUUGCCGUAGCCGCGACUUCUCCAAGCCGCGUGAGGCUUCCAGGGCAUCCCCGAAGCUGGGGGGCCCAGCCCCGGAAUCCUGCGGCGUUGGGAAGCGGGCUCCUGCUCCCCGCACCAGCCGCGGGUGGGCGCUGUCGCCCUCGCCUGGCGCUGGCGCGCUGCUGGCGAUCCCCGAGGCCAGGCGCGCCGCCUGCAAGAUGUCCGUGCGCCGCGGCCAGCAGCCGGCGAGGCCCGGGAUCCGCCUCUCCUGGCUGCUGUGCUGCAGCGCCCUGCUGUCCCCCGCCACCGGCUACGUGAUCGUGAGCUCUGUGUCCUGGGCGGUCACCAACGAGGUAGACGAGGAACUGGACAGCGCCUCCACUGAGGAGGCAAUACCCGCGCUGCUGGAGGACUCAGGCAGCAUAUGGCAGCGCAGCUUCCCGGCCUCGGCGCACAAGGAGGAGGCCCACCUGCCGCCCCCCGCGGGCACCGCCCGCGCCCAGCCACCCCCAGCGCCGCCUGGGAUGUUUUCCUACCGACGCGAGAGCGGCCCGAGGCUGCGCUCGGGCACCGCCCGCUUCCUAGCCCACGCCAGCGCCUGGGGCUGUCUAGCCACGGUGUCCACGCACGAGAAGAUCCGAGGACUGCCGUUUGGGAACUGCGUGCCCAUCAGUGAUGGCCCCUUGAACAACAGCACGGGGAUUCCUUUCUUCUAUGUGACACUCAAGGACCCAGUGGUGGCGGAUCUGAUGAAGAACCCCAUGGCCUCGCUCCUGCUGCCAGAAUCUGAAGGAGAGUUGUGCAGGAAAAAUAUCGUCGACCCAGAAGAUCCCCGAUGUGCCCGGUUAACAUUCACCGGCCAGAUGAUUACGGUGUCUCCCGAAGAAGUGGAAUUUGCCAAACAAGCCAUGUUUUCAAGACACCCGGUCAUGAGGAAGUGGCCUCGCCAGUAUGAAUGGUUCUUUAUGAAGAUGAGGAUACAACACAUCUGGCUUCAGAAAUGGUAUGGAGGAGUAGUGGACAUUUCAAGGGAGGAAUAUUUCAAAGCAGUUCCAAGAAAGGCCUGAUGGAGUGAGAAGCAAGUCCUUGGCAUUUGUGGAAAAUGAAAACCUUUUAAGUGAUGCUGCCAGACAGCUACUGGCUGCUGUCUCUUUACGGAAGGUUCGGAGCAGCCCUGUCAUCCUCACAGUAGAUUGGAGAGGGGGACUAGGGCACCCCUUGCUAAGACUGGAGACUAACGUGGUUGUUUGCAAAUCCCCAAUUCACACAGAUACUUCACACGUAUCGUCCUCGUUUACAUUGUAUUCAGUCCAGACUCACCUAUUUGGGAAUUACUGUUGGUUGUCAAAGUGACGUGUUGAGAUAGUUCCUGUUCCAUUCUUUAAGACAGAAAAAAAAAAGAAGAUGCCUGUAUGUAUAAUGUGAUUGCUUUGUAUUGUGAGAGUAUUUUUGUCGCUUGCUGUACCAAAAGCAGUGUCUUGGUUCAAAGCUCAUAGCAACCACAGAGGUACUAAAUAUGAGUCCCAAAGCCACAAUUUUGUGUUUAUGGUGAGGGUGCAGGAUUUUUUGUCUACGGAUUAGUCAUCAUGCUGCUGGAUUGCAAACGCGUAAGAAGUACCAUUUGCUAGAAUGUAUUGGUCACCUAGGGAACUUUUUCCUCACUGUGACAUGAUGAACUAUGCAAGGACACACACAGUUUUGCGCACAGCCCUGUUCUAUGUAAGCAGGACACAGAGGUACGUUGUUUGGGGCCGGGGAGCCAGCUUUGGCAGGAAGCUCCCUGACUCCACGGCUCAUGCUUCUAACAGAGGGCUCACUUCUCUCAGGCCUGAGGAGUGGAGUCCGAAAUAAAAAGCAUCUCUUUCUGUGCUUUAUAGAGAGGAGAGAGGUGGGGUGAACCUGGGAAGGAAGCAAAGGUGACAUGUAAGAGAAAGAAGGAAAGAAGCCAGUAAGGGAUGGCGUGCUCCCUGCCCAGCCUCGGGCCCGACCCUUGGCAGGGUCAUCUCAUUUAGCCUUACAGCCAGUGAGAUGCGUACUGUCAUUGUCACUUUCAGGCAAGAAAACUGAGGCUCAGAGGAGCUAAGUCAACAUCUCCAGGUCUGACUCCAGACCUCACUGAAUGCAAUGAAUGGAGGGGUACCUGGAAGACCCAUUUUUAAGAACAAAAGAGCAAGACAAAAGAAUUACUGAAGUGCACAGCCAAGAUCUCUUAUAUUAACUUCAACAGAGAAUCUAGCAGUACUCAGUUUUCUGUCUUUCUGUAAUGGCUAUAAACCCUCUUUGGUGGGUUAGGUAUGUUAUAUAACAUAAAAAUGCAUCGCUACAUAUAGGAUAUACACAUUUUUAAGAUAAACAAAAGCGUUACUAAUGGUUACACACUUGUUUAAAAAAUUAAGACAUGAAGAGUUUGAGUUGUCCAAAUAUUUUUAAGUGCCUGUUACUAAAAGCAUAGUAAGAUGCACAGAAUUCUUUAUUCAUUAAAAGCCAAUUCUCAAGAGUUCCUAACAAUAGCAAUUUUUAAUAUAAAAGCAUAAGAUGACAGAAGAUAUUUAAUAUUUUCAGAGUUUAAAGUUAUGCUACUCCCAUUUUAGAGAUUAGAGGGGAAAACUGGAAGGACUAACUACAUACUCUGGAAGUCACCUUGAACCUUAAUUCUUUGGGCAUCACUGCCUCCUGGUCCUGUCUUGUGGAUAAUGUUCCCAUGCUAGGUUUGCUUUUAUAAUCAGGUUCCUCAUUAAAGGUCACCCUUCUGCUUCAAGGGGCUUUGCAGUAUGGGUGCCAUUCAUAACCACUGAUGAAUGUUAUUAGUUAUAGAUCUGAAUUACAGGAAACAAAAUCUGAACAGGUUGGAUAACUAAGAAGAUUGUUGAAUAAUGUGUCUGUUUGAGACUGAUGGACCCUAUUCAGGGCAGUAAGUUUCAGCAAAUCUCUAGAAAUUUACAUUGAUUAAAAUUUUAAAGACCAUACCGGAAGUUUAGAAGUGGCAGUAAGGCAAGAAAAGGAAAAUGCAUAAGACUGGAAAGAAAGAAAUAAAAGUAUCCCUGUUUAUAGAUGACAUAAUUGUCUACAUAGAAAAUUCCAAAAGAUCUAUUUAAAAAAAAAAACAAACCCUCCUAGGACUGGAAAAUGAGUUUAGCGAGGUCUCAUGAUACAAGAUCAGCACAAAAAAUUUAAUUGCAUUUCUAUGUAUUAACAAUGAGCAAAAUGGAGACCAAAAUUAAAAACACAAUACCAUUUACAAUCACUCCAAAGAAAGUAAAUACUUAGGUAUAAAUUUAACAAAACACGUACCGGAUCUAUAUGCUAAAACUUAAAAGAUGCUAAUAAAAGAAAUUAAAGACCUAAAUAAGUGAAGAGAUAUACUAUGUUCAUAGAUUGGAUGACACAAAAUAGUAAAGAUAUCAAUUUUUCCCAGAUUCAGCUAUAGGUUUAAUGCAAUUUUUAUCAAAAUCCUAGCAAGGGUUUUGUAGACAUAUUCAAACUUAUUCUUAAAGUUCCAAGGCACAGACCUUGAAAUAGUUAAAACAAUUUUAGAAAAGAAGAAUAAGUAGGAGAAAUCACUCUACCCAAUAUAAAGAUUUAUUAUGUAGUUACAGUAAUCAAGACAAUGUAGUUUUGUUGGAGUCAUAGACGCAUAGAUCAAUGGAACAGAACAGAGAAUUUAGAAAUAGACCCUUAUAAAUAUUCACAACUGACUUUUUUUUUAUAAAGGUACAAAACUAAUUCAAUGGAAGGAAGAUAGUCUUUACAAUAAAUAUGCUGAAGCAAUUGAAUAUCUAUAGGCAAAUAAAAAGAACCUCAACUUAAACCUCCUACCUUAUAUAAAAAUGAACUCAAAAUAGACAAUACCUCGAAACAUUAAAUGUAAAGCUAUUAAACUUUUUUAAUAGAAAAUUUGGAGGUCCUAGAGCUAAGCAAAGAGUUUUUAGACCUGCCACCAAAAGUACAAUUCAGAAAGGAAAAGUUUGAUAAAUUACACUUCAUCAAAAAUUUAAACUUUUGCUCUGAAAAAGACCAUGUGAGAGAAUGAAAAGAUACAUAGUGGGAGAAAAUAUUUGCAAACCACAUAUCCAACACAGGACUAGUGACUAGAAUAUACAGAGAACUCUCAAAACUCAACAGUUUUUUUUUUUUUUUAAGUCCAAUUCGAAAAUGGAGAGCAUGAACAAACAUUUCACUGAAGAGGACAUACGAAUAGCCAAUAAGCACAUGAAGAGAUGCUCAAUAUCAUAAGUCAUCAAGGAAUUUCAAAUUAAAACCACUAUGCACCUACCAAAAUUGCUAAAAUAUAGUAACACCAAAUACUGGCAAGGAUGCAGAGCAACUGGAUCAGUCAUAUACAGCUGGUGGGGACAUAAAAUGGGAACAGAAAACCAUUUGGCAGCUUCUUAUAAAAUUAAACAUGCAACUGCCAUACCACUCAGUAAUUGCACUCCUAGGCAUUUAGCCCAGAGAAAUGAAAAAUUAUGUUCGCACAAAAACUUGUAUAUAAAUGUUCAUAGCAGCUUUUUUCGUUCUACUCAAAAACUAUAAACAACCAGAUGUCCUUUAAUGGGUGGCUGGUGAAGCUAGUUGUGACACAUCCAUGCCAUGGAAUUCUACUCGGCAAUAACUAAUUUAAUUUCUGAUAUGAGCAACAAUUGGAUGACUCCAGAGAAUGAUGCUGAGUGAAAAGGCCAAUCUCAAAAGGUUGCAUACUAUAUAAGUCCAUUUACAUAACAUUUUGAAAUGCAAAAGUCUAGAAAUGAAGAACAGAUUAGGGGUUGCCAGGGAGGAAGACGGGGAAGGAGUGAGGUGGGUGUGACUAUAAGAGUAACACGAGAGAUCCUCAUGGUGAUGGAAAUGUGCUGUAACUUGACUAUAUCAAUGUCAAAAUCCUGGUGGUGAUAUAGUACUAUAGUUUUUGCAAGAUGUUGCCAUUGGGGAGAACUGGGUAAAGUCACACAGGAUCGCUUUGUGUUAUUUCUUAUAACUGCAUGUGAAUCUACAAUUAUCUGCAAUUAUUUCAGAAUCUACAGUUAUCUCAGAGUAAAAAGUUUAAUAUAAACAAAAUUUACGCCUUAGCUAUCUCUCUUGUUGGUUCUUAAUGAAACGAAGAACAGAGCUAUGUGCCAAAAUUUAGCAGAACAAACAUUAGUUUUCUUUUGUUAAGCACUAACGUAUGCAUUUGUGGAAGAGAUAGAAGACUUCUCUAAAAGUUUUCUAGAUGUAUUCAAUUUAAUAUUGAAUACAAACUAAUUAGAAUUCAGCAAAUCUGCUGUUUAGAUUUCAUGUGGGACACUUAGAAGGGGAAGAUAUCUUUAAGUUUCUGACAUAAAGAUGUUGAUUAAGCCAUCAUUGUAAGUAGGUAUUCAAGUCUGCACAUAAUGAUUCUCCAUGGAUGUUUACAGCAAGGAACUAUUAUAUUUCCCUUCAUCUUCCUCUAAACAUUGUGAGGAAGAAUUCUUCUUUUGUUUCUGUGAAUAAAGCUAUAUCUUGAUCCCCAUGUUUUUUAUUGAUGGCGAUUGUACAUGUCCAUAACCUUGGUGUAGAGAGUAAUUCUGAUGUUAUUUGUUUCAAUAUGCCUUAUAUACACUGACUUGUUACAAAUGAGUUGUUUUUUGGUUGAAGUGUUUUUCUACAAUAUUUCUAGUAAGUCUAUUUUUCAUUUUAAAUAAUUUAACCAUCAAACACUAUUCUGAAAAUAAACUUCUCUAGAAUAAUUUAUUGAUGCUUGUUUGAUUGUAAUAAUGGACAGCAAGUCAAUUAUUAUAAAAUUCGAAUUAUAAUGAAGCUCUGUGCAUGUGGAGUGUAAAAUCUAUUUUCAAAGCUGGAUAUGUCUGUUUAACCAAUGACUGUUUCAUUUCUGAUAUGAUUUCCAUGCCUGAUUAAAUAAAAUUGAUAUUUAUAUAUA